CUACUUUAGUCAGCAAUAGCACUCGUACUCUUGAAUAUUUACAGAGAAGAUUCAUGUUUCAAGCCAGCGGGAUUUUUCUUAUUGCAACUCUUGCAACAAUUACGUUUGGAGAGAAGCAGUUUCCCUUGCAUCAUACCGUCUGCUACAAUGCUGAAGGUGACAUUGACACAAGCAGCAAAGAUAAUUACCCUGUUAUCUCUCAUAACUUUCGUAAUCUUACCAAAAGCGAAAAGCUACAAGGCGUUGAAGCAAAUGCACAACAAGAACAGCCAGCCUUCUGGCAGAUGAAGUUUACUAUGCCUGCUGUUGUUACAAGAAUUUCUGUUCGUGCUGACAAACAGACUCAUCUGAUCAACAAGACGCUACAACUUUUAAGCAAGAAAGAGACUAUUAGGGUACAGAUCAAUAAUUCAUCUGCAAGAGCAGAAUAUCUACGUUAUACGAAAGUACCUGUUCGGAAUGUGCAUUCUGUCAAAGUAUUAGGAGGAGUAAUACUGUCAUUUGCAGACAUCAAGGUUUUCGGUACACUAGCUCCAGCAAGCUCAAAAUGCGCGGAAAAAGUCCAAGCUCUUCCCAACGGUUGCUACUCAUUUCAAUUUUGGGGUCAACCAAGGGUAAAAUACCACUGUAAAAGAGGCUUUAGCUUGCUAGGCAUAAAGUCUGAGUGGAAUUGCUCAACAAAGCCUGAAAACCCAUUGAAUUGUCAGAAAGUGUCACGGAUAUGUUCUCCUCCACCUUCUGUGCUCAAUUCUCUUCAUCCUGUGCAGCAGCGAAGACGUUAUUACCUAGAUGAGACGGUUCAGUACAACUGCCAGAUAGGAUACUAUCUUGUGGGACCCAGCAAACUAACUUGCAGACGUGACGGCAGGUGGACUCCAGAAGAGACUCCACGUUGUUUAGAAGAUCUGCAGUGCUCUACACCUGACGUGCCACAAAAUGGUGGUAAAAAUGAAAGCAACUAUAGAGUGAAUAGGACCGUCUCUUUUCACUGUCAUUUUGGAUACCAACUGUUUGGUACCAGAGUGAUUCAAUGCACGAGUCAGAGGCAGUGGAAUCCAAGUCCCAAUGUGACUUGUCAAGCAAAUACAUGUCCAGCUAUAAACCGUUUUGCAGUGGAAAAUGGAAAAGUGAAAUUGAGAAAAUUAUCACAACGUGGUUUUUCUUAUGGUAACUAUCUGACAGUUAAAUGUGACAAAGGUUUUAAAGUCGUUGGGAACAACAUCAUCAAUUGCAAUGCAAGUGGCGCCUGGGAUUCACAUCUUCCCGAAUGCAUACCAAUAAUUAGAUCAGGCCCUUGUGCCUUACGAUCUGUUUGUCGAGAAGAAAAAGAAUGUAAAGUUAAUAGUAAGGGAAAAGCGAAAUGCGUAUGUUCUGCUUCUCUUGGGCACGGCUGUAUUUCCACAAUAAUUCCUAUGUGUACUUCUGAAAAUAUAACUUUUUGGAGUGACUGUGACAUGAUGAACUACACUUGUAUCAACCCACACAAACGGUUUUCUAUUGUUCGGUUUAGUCCUUGUGACGAAGGUGCAAUAAUUAAAGUAGUGGCUACCAAUGCAGGAGGUAACCAAUCUAGAUACAUCUACAAAUGCAGCUUGCCGAAAAAGGUUGGACCUUGUAGAGCACUUGUAUCUCGAUUCUACUUUGACCAAGAUGCAAACAGAUGUCUUCCAUAUGGCUGGGGAGGAUGUGAUCCCAAUGGAAACAAUUUUGAAAGUUUGCAACGCUGUCAGAAAGACUGCAGAGAAUUUCAAAAUUGCAACAGAAAUGAAACUUAUAGUUCAAGUUUAGGAAUAAAUUUGGCUAAAGAUCGUCCAACAUUUCCAUCCAAUGUAUUGUCUGCCUCAUUCGUAGAUGGCAGUAGAAUCUAUAACGAAUCCACAGAAUUAGCGCCGUCAAAAUGGAACGUAAGCCUAUUUCGGCAGUCAGAAAUCUCAAAGAUUGUUGUUUGGAAUAGUGACUACAAUCUUCCGUGGCUAAGUAUAACUCUGUAUCACGGUAAUCUGGAAGUGUUAACAACGACAGUUGACAAAGGACUCUGUCGAUACGAAUGGAUGCUACCGUCUUCCGCAAUUGCUACCUCUGUUGGUUUGAAAACAUCAGCGUCUUCAGGUCUGCAUGUAGAUGAAGUUGAAGUACUUGGAAAAAUUAAAAGAGGAAAAAAGAUUAACUUGGUAACUGUGGGAGCAACAGCAAAACAAUAUCCGGGCACUGAAAAACGUGAAGAUUUGAUCGCCAGAGCAGAAAACGCAAUAAAUGGCAUACUGGAACAUAAUUCAGGACCUGACAAUGGCUUUCUAACGUGUUCUUCAACACCAAUAAAAGAACCCUACAAAAAAAGUAUGUGGCUUCAAGUCGAUCUGAAACGACGAUACUUUAUCAGUGAAAUCGAAUUGUGGCUACGGGAAGGUGAUAUCCGUCGAUCGUGGCAAAGAGGGUUGACAGUGCAUGUGACAAACACUCCUCUUGGUUCCAGUUCAGGCACAUCUACUUUCAUCAACCCGCAAAAUCGCUGUGGACAACCGUACGUGUCAUAUAAAGAUCAAUCUCCCAAAUUUCCUUGCUAUUUUCCCCAAACUAGUCAAUACGUAGUUCUAUCUCUCUUGUGGCUGUCCGAAAAUUCGGUUCUUCAAGUUUGCGAAAUCCAAGUGUUUGCUGUAGCUUGUAACAAUCUAACGACAAUCGACCAUGUCAAGGUGGAGACUCCGGCAAGUAAUUUUGCUCCAGCGGAAACUUCGUACACUUGUGAACCAGGAUAUCAUCCAGUAUCCUCACAGACGGGUUUGACGUGUGGUAAAAUGGGCAGAUGGUUAACACCGAAUGGGAGCGAGCCGUAUUGCGAGCAGAUGCAACCAACUAGCACCCCAUAUACUACAACUACUACGUAACACGGUCGAAGUGAGUCUGUCUGUUUCAAACUCUUUACUCCCUUUUGUUGGGGCCGUUUGGAUUUGACUCCUUGCAGUAUUGUUGUUCUAGAAUAGUUCUCUUCAUGUGUAUAUUUAGAAGCACGUUUUGUCAAGCUCUAGAACUUGUUUUGUGCCGGGCUCAAGUAGCAAAAAAUUGUUGGU